AUGCUCAAAUUUCUAAUAAUUUUAACCUGUUUAAUAAUCAAAACCCAUUCAUGGACUUGGCAAGAUUAUCCAUCCCCUAGAGGUCCAGAUUAUUGGAAAUGUGGAGUUGCAAAACCAGCUUGGGUUUGUGACCCUGAUGGAAUGUUAACUGAUCAACAGAGGGAAGAAAUUGUUCAAUUGGUUGAGGAUUUUAAGGAAAAAACUAGAAGGCCAAAUUCAAAGUUUCUAUGUAUGCCUGAAGGUCUUAGACUUGUUGUAGCCUUGUCAAAAAGCAAAAUUGAUCCCCGUAGAAAAACUUCCUCUGGAUAUACAGAGUUGUGCACGAAUGAUAGAAAUUGGACAGCAUCUGAUAGAACAGAAUGCGAGUCAAGAGUACAUGGAAUUGAAUUAAAUACAGAUGGUUUACACAAUUGCGCUCAGAUAUAUUUCUUUUGGCGUCUUUAUGAUAUAGAUUAUGAAAAACUCAACAGAGAGGUGGUAAGGAUUAAAGAGUUCAGUUUAGGCUCUAUUGUAAGGCCGAAGAAUUUCCCUCUAGCCUUGCAGUAG